AUGCUUCGAUUUACUAACGUCGAUCAUGAACCAACAAGGCUUCCACCUGUCUAUGGUUAUCGCACUCAUCCAUUACUGCCACUUCGGCAAGCUCUUGAUCCUAUUCUCUCUCAAAUAGAGCAAUUAGAUGAAUUUAUUAAAAUUGCAAAGACUGAAUGUCAUUUUCCUUCAGAACAUGGUCUUAGUCAUGAAGAAUCAGCAUCCAUUUACCUUUAUACUAUGGAUUGGGGUGAAAAAAGUCUCUAUCGAGUACUCAACGCAGUACUUCGUGAGAAAGAUCGAUCAGUAUUAGUACCAUGGCAUGGUUAUCUUAAAUUAUUUGACACUGCAUUGAAAAAACUACCAAGUCUUCAAAUUAACUUAUGGCGUGGUAUCAAUAGUGACAUUAGUAAGAACUACAAAGAAAAUGAUGUAUUAACUUGGUGGUGUUUUAGUUCAUGUUCAUCCGCAGUAAAAGUCGUAAAACAAUUUCUUGGAUCAGUAUCUACAGUAUUCAUGAUUGAAGCAAAGAAUGGAAAAGCUAUAUCAGCAUAUAGUAACCUUCCAGAAGAAAAUGAAGUUAUUCUUCCAUUGGGCACUCGGCUUUGUGUUGUAUGUGACGCAUUAGACCAUGCGUCAUUAAACAUAGUACAUUUACGCGAAUUGACCGAUGAAAAUGAUCAAGAAUUGACGUCGUCGUUUGCAAAUAUGGGCGUCAUUACACCAGCGAAGCCUUCAGUAGGUAAGUAG